AUGUUUUCACUUACACAUUCGCAGAUGCCGACCCCACGUCAAGUCCAAUCGUAUACAGUUGUUGAUGAGCGCUCCCUGUUGAUACGAGGCAAAACAGGAUGUGACCCAAAGAAUUUAAUCCACUUUAUUUUUGGUUUCUGUCUUCUUCUCCCUCUUCUUCUUCCUCCUCCUCCUCUUCUUCUUCUUCUUCCUCCUCCUCUUCUUCUUCUCGGUCUUCUUCUUAUUGUUAUUAUUCUCGGUCUUCUUCUUUUCUUCCUUUUCUUGCUCUUCUUCUUCUCGGUCUUCUUCUUCUUCUUCUCGGUCUUCUUCUCUAUCUUCUUCCUCCUCCUCCUCUUCUCGGUCUUCUUCUUUUCUUCCUUUUCUUGCUCUUCUUCUUCUUCUCGGUCUUCUUCUUCUCGGCCGUCGUCUUCUUCCUCUUCUCGGUCUUCUUCUUUUCUUCCUCUUCCUCUUCUUCUCCUUCUUCUUCUCUUUCUUCUUCUCGGUCUUCUUCUUCCCUUCUUUUCUUCCUCUUCUUCCUCUUCUUCUUCUCCUACUUCUUGUCGGUCUUCUUUUCGGUCUUCUUCUUCUUCUUCUUCUUCAUCCCUUCUUUUCUUCUUCUUCUUCUGUCUUCUUCUUCUUUUUCUCAGUCUUCUUCUUCUUCGUCUUCUUCUUCUGCUCGGUCUUCUUCUUCUUCUUCUUCUUCUGUCUUCUUCUGUCUUCUUCUUCUUCUUCUUCUCGAUCCUCUUCUUCUUCGUAUUCUUCAAUGUUUUUUUCUCUUCACGAUCUGCUUUCUAUUUCUUUUUCUACUUCAUUCUUCUCUUUUCCUCUCAUUUUUCUCCUGGGCCUCUUCUCACCCUCUCCAAUCUAUAUUUAUUUUCUAUAAAUUUCCCUUGA